AUGGAAAACUAUUUAAAAAUGUUCAGUUUCUUCUUAACAUUUAGUCUUGUAUUUCUUGCGGAGUGCGUCAAUAGUAAGAGCAAAUGUGCAACAGUUUCCAGUGGUUGGAUGGAUUCCCCUGUAGAACUAAGUAUACCAGAGGGAACUCCUCUUUUCGGGAAACCUGGAACUAGUCAAAGGAUACCGAUUGAUGUAAAGAACAAAUACGAAGAUGAUUUGUUUCUACUCUUCAUGUUCCAAGAAAACUUUCCCAUUCAGAGCAUACAGAAGGAUAUCCAUGCGGAGAUGGUUCAGGAGAUACAACCAAAUAUGCUUCAUGUCAGAAGUAACAGUACAGAAAGAGUGAAAGUUAAGCUCCAUGUCUCUCAUUUUAUCCCAGAUAUGUACAGAGGGAAGGUCACUCUAGUUGCUAGACUAGCUGUACAUAACUCCAGCCAGCCAGACUUUUUAUUACACUGGAAAACUGAGCUGACAUUCUACUUCACUGUUCUUACCCAGAAUAUCAGAAUGUAUGACGGAGUUCCACCAGACUGUGGCCAGUUUAUCGAAUGUGAAAAAGAGAAGCAAUGUCAAAUAACAGAAGGAGGUUUCUGCUCUGAAUCCAGCUAUGAUCUGAUAUUGAGGGUUGAGGACAAGGAAUCAGGAAUACAGAUGUUUAAACCUGUUUAUCCUGAUAAUAUUGAACUCAGAUAUUCCAGGUAUCCCAUUGGUACCAGAGGAGAAGUAAUUUUAAAAUUAUCUCAAAGUUGCUGUGAGGACGCGGCAAGCGUGCACGUGCAAGAUUUGGCGGGAAACACGGCAAUCUGCAACUACGGACCUGUUCCAUCGUCAGCUUCACAAUCCUUGUUAAAUAUGUACAUUUUAUUCAAAUGUUUUAUGUUGUUAAACUUGUCAGUUUAAUAUAUUGAGAUGGCAAGAGAAA